GCCAGUGCAGUGCUACUUCAGCCCAUCUCUCUGCACGGACAGCGCUACCUCAGUUCAUUCCUCCGCAUUUCCCUGUGAAAUGUCUUUGGAAAACAGCUGUUUCUAUCGAUAAGUUCCCAAGUUAUGGAGUUUGAAACGAAAAUCUACCCAAGGAUCGGUGGAUACGGGCGAUAUAACCGAAUCGUAACUCUCUUUAGCUGGUUUCCAAACUUUGCGGUGUCGUUAAAUCUUUUCAGCGAUGUUUUCUUUACGCUCGUUCCCGAGUCUUACCACUGCAAACCGGAUCUAGCGUUACUACCGCCGUCAGAUUUCAUCGGUAAUCUCUCCAAACAAGCGUACCUGAAUCUAACCGUCCCGUGGCUGAAGGGAUCCGGGUUCAGCCGCUGCGAGCUCUACAAGUACCCGGCGAAUCUAAGCGAUCUAACGGCUAACCUGACGAGAGAGGUCGUGCAGUGUACUGGAGGAUACGAGUUCGGCAAACCUGCAGGACUACAAAACAAUUUAGUCACUGAGUGGAAUUUAGUAUGUGCAGACUACUGGAAAAUCCCACUCCAUCACAUUUGUUUCAUGACGGGCUGGAUUGUGGGAUACAUAUUCUUUGGCACUGUUUGUGACUGGUUGGGUCGCCGUCUGUCUCUUCUGCUGUCAGUGGUUCUUUCUGGUGUACUGGGAGUAAUGGUUUGUCUUUCAAACAGCCAGUCUGCUUUUCCUCUUCUCCGUCUCUGUCAAGGCACAACAUUAGCUGGGGUGUUUUUGGCGUCUUAUAUUGCACGUCUGGAGUGGUGUGACCCAUCUCACAGACUGAUGGUUUCUAUGGUCAGUGGUUUCUUUGCUAUAUUCGCCGAGCUUCUGUUGCCAGGGCUGGCUGUGCUGUGCCGUGAUUGGCCGGUACUUCAAGCUGUCACCACGCUGCCCAUGUUGCUGCUGUUUUCCUAUUGGUGUUGUGCUUCAGUAUUCCCAGAAUCCCCUCGUUGGCUUUUGGCCACAUCUCAGAUCCCUCAAGCAAAAAAGUGUCUUCAGUCUUUCUCCACACGAAAUGGUGUGUGUGUAAGAGAUGAACUGUUCCCCGCUGAAACACUACUGGCAGAGAUAGAGGAGAUGUUCGGUGAAGAUGUUCAGCCAAAGUUUCACAAUGUUUUGGAGAUGCGUCACACCAGGGUCAUGUGGAGGAACUGCCUCAUCUUGGGCUUCACUCUCUUUAUUGGCACAGGAAUCCAGUACUGUUUCACACGUAACCUGCACAUCUACUCGCCACACUUCUACUUCAGUUAUUUUUUGCGUGUGUUGACCGGAGCGUUGGCCUGCAUCUUCAUCUGUUUCUCUGUGGAUCGCUUCGGUCGCAGGGGAAUCCUGCUGCUGGCCGCCAUUCUCACCGGCCUGUCUUCACUCCUGCUAUUGGCCCUUACACAAUAUCUGCGUGGAGUUCUGGUUCUGGUUCUGUCUGUAAUAGGUCUUCUCUCAUCUCAAGCUUUGGCCAUGCUCAGUGUAUUUUUUGGCAGUGAAGUCAUGCCCACUGUUGUCCGUGGUGGUUCACUGGGUCUGAUCAUGGCCGCAGGCUGCGUCGGGAUGGCCGCGUCCUCUCUAAUGGAGCUGCAGAAUAACGGCGGGUAUUUCCUUCAUCACGUCGUCUUCGCCUCCUUCGCCGUCCUUUCUGUCCUCUGCAUCAUGCUGCUCCCCGAGAGCAAAAACAAACCCCUGCCGGACUCCCUCAAAGAUGGAGAUCGCCAACGCCGUCCCGCCCUCUUCCUCUCACGCAUUAACAGGGACAACCCGCCCCUGCUGUGCACGCAUCCGCAAGCUUCCGAAUACAAUCGGGAGAGCUACUCCCGUCUGGUCAGCGCCACCAGAAAGAUGCUCACGAAAGAUACGCUUCCGUACAAGAUCUCCAUCUCGUCGCAAUCUCCUCUUUUGCCCGGCAAUAUAACCUCUCAAGAAACCCAUGAAGAUGACUCCUAGCAUUUUAUCUUUGUAAAUGAUUGGGGAAAGCACCUGUGUGACAUUUCAUCUCAUAAAGAAGAGGUCUCUUCUUUUGGAUAACCAAUGUUCUCAACAUUAUCAUGUGUUCGAUUUAUAUGUUCAUUUUGUACUUUAUUCCUAAAAUGAGGGACGGACUUAAAAUGAAACUCUUUAUAGUCCCUCAAUCUUUAUGUCCUUGAUGUCGUAUCCAAUGCUCAUUUUUAAAGUCUUGUGACUUUAGUAGAGGUAACCAAUUUCUGCAUAAAAACUUCACUCGCUAGUGACUGACUGAAGAGUACUCGAACAUGCACACUACAUGAGUUCUCGUAAACACUCGAUGACGUCAGAGUCACUAGUGAAAUGUCUACUGUGAUUUGUUUACUUUUUUAUUUGUUGUCUUGAGUAAUGAUUUUAUAAGAUGCAGCAUCAUCAUCUCAUUCACUCCAUAUUUGGAGUUGAUUCAGAUCUCAUUCCUGUGUCUCUGUCAUUUCUGUCAUGUCAGUUGAAUGUAAAGUUUGUCAAGUGCCUAACAAAACUGCACAAGAGCCAAAUCUGCCAAUUUAAGGGAAAAGUCAUUUUUUUCUAUACAUUUUUAAUUUUGAAAUAAACCAUACAUUGUGCCAA